GUUGAUAUCAUUUGGCUUCCAGCUUAAAGAGUGCCAAACACGGUGUGUUCUAGUUUAUCGUUGCGAAACAAUAAUCAAUAAUCGUCAUGGACGGAAAAGAAUUCAGAAAGGAAGGAAAAGCCGUAGUCGACUACAUCGUCGACUACCUGGAAAACAUCCGCGAGCGCAGGGUGUUCCCCGACAAAAAACCAGGCUUCAUACACGAACAGAUCCCCGAUACGGCGCCAAUCAGCGGCGAAAAAUGGUCGGACAUCUUCGCCGACGUGGAAAAAGUGAUAAUGCCAGGUGUCACUCACUGGCAAAGCCCCCACAUGCACGCCUAUUUCCCUGCCUUGAACAGCUACCCCUCCAUGCUGGGCGAGAUGAUCACCAAUGCGAUCAAUUGCAUCGGAUUCACCUGGGCAUCGAGUCCUGCUUGUACAGAAUUAGAAAUGGUGGUUACGAACUGGCUAGGAAAAAUGAUUGGUCUUCCAGAUGAUUAUCUACACAAAAAAGGUGGUAGUGGUGGGGGCGUUAUACAGACGACAGCUAGCGAAAGCACUCUGAUAAGCCUUCUAGCAGGACGAUAUGUGGCGCUCAAACUCUACAUGGACCUCUAUCCAGAGGCCAGCAAACACGAAAUUCACGGAAAACUUGUGGCUUAUUGCUCGGACCAAGCCCAUUCUAGCAUCGAGAAAGCCGCUCUGAUAGGGCUGGUGACUUUGAGGUACAUAGAAUGCGACGAAAAUUAUUCCAUGAGGGGAGCAGAUUUACACAGAGCCAUCAGAGAGGAUAGAGAAAAGGGUCUGAUACCUUUCUGGGUAUGCGCUACUCUGGGAACCACUGGAUCUUGCGCGUUUGAUAACUUGGAGGAAAUAGCUAAAAUCUCACAUAGCGAACUCAUGUGGUGUCACGUGGACGCAGCUUACGCGGGGACGGCCUUCAUUUGUCCAGAAUACAGGGGGUGGUUGAAAGGAAUCGAAAAAGCCAAUUCGAUAGCUUUCAACCCGUCCAAAUGGAUGAUGGUGCAUUUCGAUUGUACUACCAUGUGGGUUCAGAAUAGUGGAGCACUGCACGGAGCAUUCAAUGUGAACCCUCUAUACCUCACCCAUGAAUAUUCAGGUCUUGCAAUCGAUUUCAUGCACUGGCAAAUACCCUUGAGCAAAAGAUUCAGAUCGUUGAAACUGUGGUUUGUCAUACGAAAUUACGGAAUUUCUGGUCUCCAGGAACACAUAAGGAAGGGCGUGCGACUAGCAGAAAAAUUCGAGAGCCUGGUGAGAGGCGACAGUAGAUUUGAGAUGCCCUUCAAACGGUACUUAGGCCUCAUCGUGUUUAGACUCGUAGGCGAUAACGUCGCAACGGAGACGUUAUGGAAAAGACUGAAUGCCCGGGGAAAAAUUCAUUGUGUUCCAGCUAGUCUGAAGGGAAAAUAUGUGAUCAGGUUCACAGUGACGUCACCUAGGACAAAUGUUGACGACAUUGUGACAGAUUGGAAGGAAAUUUCAGCUGUUACAGAUGAAGUAUUAGGCGAUAAAAAUGCUCAAGCAGCUAGGGCAAAAGUACCUCUUGGAGAAACUAAGGAGAAAAAUGAGAAUUUCGGUACCAGUUUAUUAUUAUCCAACGUACCGACUUCCCCAAAAAUUGUGAAUGGAUCUUUCGCUGCGAUCUACGAUCAAUGCGACGUUUUAGAUGAAUUCUCAAGAACAAUCCAGCUGAGGAAGGAUGCCAGAGAUAGCCCGGCUAUGCGCAGGAGAAUCAAAGGAAUACUCAUGUCUGGAAAGCAGUUCUCUUUAGACUCGAGACUGGACCUAUUUCACGGUAUCGAAACUACUAGGUCACUAACGUCAGACAACUUGCCACUUCUUGAGGACGAAACUGAAGAAAAUAACAGCAUUUGCUCAGAAAUCAAUGAAUAUGGUUACGUGCAAUCUCCUUCUAGUGAUUCUUUAGAAGUACCAUUUCCAGGACAAUCUAGAUCCAAAUCUGUGGAUCACCAGAUAGUUCCUCAUGGGAUUAUCGAUAUAAAACAGAUUUGUGCCAAAUGCGGUCAUGAUAUUAACAAUGGAUUAUCUCCAGAUUCUAACAAGUAAAAAGAACUGAAAAUGUGAACGUUUUGUUCAAAUAAAUGAGAUUAGUGAUCUGAAUGCAGAAAGGUAAAAAAAAAUAUUGUAAAUUAAGAAAAUACUGCUGCAAAUAACAAUAAUAUCUGAAAAUAAAAUAGGAAAUGAAUUUGUUGACUCGAUACUCA